GAGUGUCUGUUAGUCUGUUAGAGAGUUCAGUUCACUCUGCAGCUCUAUCAGUCUGUCUCUGUCUCUCUGUCUGUCUCACUCUCUCCCUGUCUCUCUCACUCUCUGUCUGUCUGUCUCACUCUCUCUCAGCCUGUCUCACCCUCUGUCUGUCCCUCAGGAUGGACCAGUGUCGUUAUGGAUUAUUGAUCAUUGUGUUUCUGCUGCUGAUCGACUUUUUACACUCAGUUUACAUCACUGACCAGUCAGAUUCUCUCCAUCAGGUUCUGUCAGAGUUCGCUGUGGUUCGUCCAAUCAGGACCAACUCAGAGGGCCACUUCCUGUCCGCCUCAGUCUCCUCCCACCACCAGCGGCGCAUAAAAAGACACGCCCACUCCCCAGAGGCCACGCCCCCCGACACAAACAAUGACAGACAGACUCAAACGGACACGCCUACAUUACUACAGGCCCCGCCCACCGGCGCGUCACCGUCCAACCAGACGGGGCGCAGCUGGAGGGGGCGGGGCUACAGGACGGAGGAGGCGGAGCUUUUCUACAACGUGACGGUGUUCGGUCAGCAGCUCCACCUGCGGCUGCGUCCCAACGCUCGCCUCGUCGCCCCCGCCGCCACCAUGGAGUGGUGGGAGGAGUCGGGACGCAAACACAAGCAGCCAAUCAGAGACGCCGGCUGCUUCUACACAGGAGAGGUGUCCAACAUGGAGGACACGGCGGUCGCCAUCAGCAACUGUGACGGGCUGGCCGGGAUGAUCCGGACGAGUCAGGAGGAGUUUUUCAUCGAGCCGAUGGAUCGUUGGAGGACCGGAAGAGAAGAAGAAGAAGAAGAAGAAGAAGUAGAGGAAGAGGAAGAUGGAGGAAGGAAACACAUCGUUUAUCGAUCCUCCGCCAUCAUCAAGAAACAACCAGCUGUCAAUCAAACUGAAACUGUCAAUCAAACAGCGGACGACUUCCUGCGAGGUCCUCUGUUAGGAUCUCUGAACCUGAACCAGAACAUGUUCUGGUCCGGACCCGGAGCAGCUCGACACCGGCGCUACAUCGAGGAGGCGGAACUGUUCAACAUCGAGGUUCUGUUAGCUGUGGAUUAUUCCGUUCUUCUUUUCCACGGCCGAGACCACAUCCAGAAAUAUCUUCUGACGCUCAUGAACAUAGUCAAUGAGAUCUAUCAGGAUCAUUCUCUGGGCGCCAACAUCAACAUUGUUCUGGUCAGAAUCAUCAUGUUGUCUCCAUCAAAGUCCCAGGAGCUGAUCUCUGUGGGGAACCCCCAGAAGAGUCUGGAGAACGUUUGUGGAUGGUCGUAUCUCCAGCAGAGGGAGCAGAGUCAUGCCGAGCAGCACGACCACACCAUCUACCUGACCAGGCAGGAGUUCGGCCCUUCCGGCAUGCAGGGUUAUGCUCCCGUUACAGGAAUGUGUCACUUGCACCGGAGUUGCGUCCUCGUCAUUGAAGACGGGUUUUCCUCGGCCUUCGUAGCCGCCCACGAAACAGGACACGUGUUAGGGAUGGAGCAUGACGGCGAGGCGAAUGACUGUGAGGACGACGUGCCGGUGGGCAGCAUCAUGUCUCCGCGGGUUCAGGCCACCUUCAACCGAUACCACUGGUCCCGGUGCAGCUGGAGGGAGCUGCACCAGUACCUGGAUACCUAUGACUGUCUCCGUGACGACCCGUUCUAUCAUGAUUGGCCGGCUCAGCCUCAGUUGCCGGGGUUUCAGUACUCCAUGGACCAACAGUGUCGCUUCGACUUUGGACCAGGAUACAGCCUCUGCACUGCAUACACGACCCUUGACCCCUGCAAGCAGCUGUGGUGCAGCGACUACAACAACCCGUUCUACUGUAAGACCAAGAAGGGUCCUCCGCUGGACGGGACCAAGUGUGGACCGGGGAAGCACUGUUUCAAAGGGUUCUGCAUGAAGCUGACGGCGGACAUGCUGAGGCAGGACGGCGGCUGGGGGACGUGGAGUCCGUACGGCAGCUGCUCGCGGUCCUGCGGGGGCGGGGUCCGGUUCCGGGCCCGGCGCUGCGACAGCCCAGCUCCAGCCAACGGGGGACGUACCUGCUUCGGACACAGCUACGAGUUCUCGCUGUGCAGCCAGGACGAGUGUCCCCCGCUCACCGACUUCAGAGAGGAUCAGUGUAAAGUCUGGAAUCCAUUUUUAGAACAUGAAGGACACAAACAUCACUGGCUGCCGUACCAACACCCCGACCCUGAUGAGCGAUGUCGUCUCUUCUGCCAGUCGAAGGAGACGGGCGCCGCGGUGUCCAUGAACAGAAUGGUGCAUGAUGGGACGCCGUGUUCCUACGGCGACGCCCACAGCGUCUGCGUCCGAGGAGAGUGUGAGCACGUGGGCUGUGACGGACAGAUUGCCUCGGACCAGCAGGAGGACCGCUGUGGCGUCUGCGGAGGAGACAAUUCGAGCUGUCAGGUCAUCAAAGGAAACUUCACCCGCAGCACCAAGAAACAAGGUUACCUGAAGAUCUUGGAGAUCCCCAAAGGGUCCAGACACCUGCUGAUCCAGGAGUUCAAAGGGACGCCGAACGUCCUGGCAAUGACCAACCUGGAGACAGGCAACGUCUUCCUGAACGACAAAGACGAUCUCCCAGAGUCCCGAGUCCUGAUCGAGAAGGGCCUGAUGUGGGAGUACAGCAACACUGAGGAGCGGGAGUCCAUCCAGACCUCCGGGCCCCUGACGUACGGAGUCCUGCUCAUGGUCCGCUCCACCGGCGACAACAAGGUGACCGUGUCCUAUAAGUACAUCAUCCAAGAUCGACUCCGGUCCUCGCUGGAGUCCAACCUGGUGCAGGAGGACGCCAUCUUCUAUGAGUGGGCGCUGAAGAAGUGGUCCCACUGCUCCAAACCCUGCGGGAGAGGAAAACAGUACACAAGGUUCGGCUGCAGGAGGAAAGCGGAUGGAAAAAUGGUUCAGAGAAUGUUCUGCAGCAACAUCAACAAACCAAGAGCCAUCAGCCGCACCUGCAACUCUGAGACCUGCAGCCCUCCAAGCUGGUUGACCGGGGAGUGGGAGGACUGCAGCGCCUCCUGCGGUCAGACGGGGUGGCAGCGCCGCUGGGUAGGCUGCCAGCAGACGACCAGUGAGGGCCAGCAGCAGCGCUCAGUGAACAGCAAACUCUGUAAUGAAGAUCGACCGGAAGGGAAACGACCCUGCAACCGAGUACCCUGCCCUGCUGCCUGGAGGACCGGACCCUGGACUCCGUGUUCGGUGCCAUGUGGAAACGGGACUCAGGAGCGGCAGGUCGCAUGUUUGAGUCCAGAGGGUUCCCCCCGAAACUGCAGCGACCCUAAACCAAUCACGACCCGCACCUGCCAGCCCGCACCCUGUACAGGCCAGCGGUGCCGUGGAGACCGCUCAGUGUUUUGCCGGCUGGAGAGGUUGAGCCGGUUCUGCUCCAUCCCUGAAUACCGCCGGAUGUGCUGCAAGUCCUGCAGCGAGAUAAACCUUGGCAACUCCAGCAACUCUGACAACUCCAGCGUCUCCAGCAACUUCAGCAGCACAAUCACACCAACUGCCAGCAGCACAUCAGAGCAGGAGUUGACCUGGACCACCUGGGGCGAGGGCGAGGGCGAGAGUGGUUCAACCACAGAGAUGAUGACUUCAGCCUCCACCUCCUCCUGGUCUGACAGCAAUUACAUCACUAGUGACAUCACACGUGACAUGAUCAGCACGCCAACUCCAAGCUUCACUGUAACUCCGUCUCCCACCAGCAGGAGCAGCACCGACUUUGUGUAUGUGGAUUACGACGAUUACAACGAUUAUUCGUCCUUUGAGGAUCCUUCCAUUCGCUCUGACACUAAUAUCAUUCCAACUACUACUAUAAGUACUACUACUAUCACUACUACUACUACUACGACGACGACUACAAGGCGUCAAAGAAAAACUGCUCCACCACAUUUAUUCAAGAGGAAAACUACCACUACCACAACGCCUCCUGCUACAGUUCCUGUAGUCACUGCUGAGGCUCAGAGUCCAGCUCCAGUGCCGGCUGGGACGCCAGUUGUCCCAGAGUUUCCCGCCACAACAUCAGAUAACCCUGAUGACAUCAUCACCGCCACAUCAUCACCAAACAGAACACCAGGGGGGCAGAACCUUCAGACAGACACUGAACCAACGCCAACGUCGUCAUCGUCCUCCUUCUUCCCGCUUUCUAAGAAGGAGAACAACUCGGUAGACGAGGUCCAGUACCGGAUCGUUGGGCUGGACGCUGACGUCACCAGGGGACAGCAGAACUACUUUGUGCCACGGAUCCCACCAGCCCGCGAGCGAACACAAAACAAACGAAUCCAGCAGCUUCUGAACGAGAAACGACGGAAAGAUCAACUGAAGAGACCCAGCAGGAGCCGAGAGGGCAGGACUGACAGAAGACACGGCGGAUUAUAAAAACAUAUUUUUCUGUUUUUUGUUUUUUUUGUUUUUAUUGUUCACUCAUAAUGACGCAUGUGCAGCUUGCUCACCUUCUGCUAACGCUAAUGAACUCUGAACGAGAAACAGACUGCAGAGCCCGCGAGACGAACGCCUGAUGAGGAUCUUGAAGAGAAGUUUCCAGUCAUGUUUGCAGUAAAGUAAAUAAAGAAUCCUGAAGUCUAGACUUGAUCCUGAAAAGGUUUAUAAGACCAGGAUGGAAACUUUUGCUUCAUUCUUCUUCUGGCGUCCAGUUGUUGGUUUUCACAUUCAUGAUGUUUGUACCAAAUAAUCCAGUUUCUAAAUAAAGUCUCAUCCAGCUGCUGAUGUCACCAUGACUCGUGUUCAAGGAACAGUUCAACAUUUAGGUAAAACUUGUUCUCUCUCUCUCUCUCUCUGAGUCAUACUUGGUCUUAAAGGGACAAUUCACCCCAAAAUUAAGUUUUAUUGUCGUUGCAGCUUUAAAUAUCGCUGUCGGCAGAAUCCAAAAUGUAUCGAUAGACGCGCCAGAACAAACCUCGGGUCCUGCAUUGAUUAUAUUUUUCUGUUCGUCCUUGUUGAACACUUUAAGUUUUACCACAGGACCACAUGUGUGAGUAUUUAUGUUAGAAGACGCUCCAGUGUAAACAACCCUACAUCCUCCUCCGUGUCUGAGAUAAUCCCCCCUGCUGCUCUACAGCUGCUGUGGAGGUCCCAGAUAUGUCGGGGUUAUAUUUAGACUAAUAAUUAUGAUCUGGAGGAAUUUCAUCUCCUUCUGCAGGACCUGUGCCUGGAUGACUGCUGGUACAGCACUAAAACAUCAGGAUGAAGCCAAAAUAAAGUGAUUUAGCUGUGAUUUAAUGUCAAUAAAUGGAUCAAAAGACAUCAAGAAAUGAAGUCUGACUUCAUGCUUUGUCAGGUCUGUCUCCAACAACACAAGAACACUGCUGUUAAAAUAAUGGUUUUCUGAAUCGAGUCUGGUUCGAUCACAGUUGUAAAUCAAUGGAUAUCAUUAAAUAGGGAAUUUUUAUGGAUUGUUGAACAAUUUAAGGGGUUCUUAAAAACAAAUAACGCAAAAAGUUAAUGGAAAAAGUUAGGUAAUUUAAGGUUUAAAUUAAAGGAUGCUUUUAUGUUGUUUGGUAAUCAGUAUAAAGCCAAAAUAAAGUGAUUUAAUGUGAAUAAACGGCUCAAAAUGAUGCAGAAAUAACUACAACAUGAUGAAAUUUGGAUAAAAUUCUGAAUUGGUGCUUUGUCAGGUUUAUCUGCGAGAACACAAGAAAAUGACUGUUAAAAUGAGGGUUUUCUCAAUGGAGUUUGGUUCAAUCUAAGUUGUAAAACAAUGGAUAUCUUUAAAUAGCGAGUUUUUUAUAGAUUGUUGCACAUUUUAAGGAGUUUCAAGAGACUGAAACACAAAAAAGUUAACCGGAAAAUGUAAAAAUGAAGGGAAGCUUUCACGUUAUUUGGGGUUUUACACAUUAAUAUGAACUAAAAUCAAGUGAUUAAAUGUGAAUAAACAGAUCAAAAGGAUGCAGAAAUAGCUAACACAUGAUGCUGAUGUUGAAAAAGUCUGAACUGAUGCUUUGUCACGUCUGUCUGCAAAAACACAAGAACACUGCUGUUGAAAUGAUGGUUUUCUGAACGGAGUCUGGUUCAUCAGAGUUGUAAAACAAAAAGUGCAAAUAUUGCAAAUAUCACGUCUUCAUGCAUUGACUUUGUUUGGAAUAAUCCAUAUGAUCAAUCACUCAAUUAUUAUUAUUAUUAUUAUUAUUUUUUAUUAUUAUUAUUAGGCUGUUUAUCUCUCCGCCUGAAGAGGAAUUUCCCACAAACUGUUUUUAUCCUUUAAAGACGAACAGAAACAUCCUGAAGUCUGAUUCUGAUGAACUGUUGAUGUUUUCUCUGAACAUUUCGUUCUGUUUGCAGAUGUUUCGGGAUCAGUUUGACCUCUGUCCUGAUUUAUUCCUCAGAUUCAGAGAUUUUUGUGGCUUUUAUUAAAUUCUGAGUGAGUGCGUCAUGAAGAGCAGCUGCUCGUCUGCUCGACAUCAAACUGAAUUCAGAUCAGAUGAGUCACAGCGAUCAGUGGAAACAGCUGACGGGUUCAAACACGGUUUCAUCCGCUUGUUUCUCGUCUGAUCGUGUUCAGAGGAAGAGAAGAAGAAGUUCACAGAUCUGGUCCAAUAUCAAAUAUCUUUACUGGGAAAAAAAACAUUUUUACAAAAGUGGAAACAUAAUAAGUCUGAUGACUGAUUUAUUUAUCAUCCAUACAAAAUUAUUUGUAAUAAAAAAUAUGCAAUAAUAAGUCAUUAUAAAUUGUAUUUUCUUAGAAACACUUUAAUUAUAUACUAACAAUAAAU